AUGCGCCUGACUACUACCAUCUUCAACGCCCUUCUGGGUGCUUAUUCUGCGUCUGCAAAUGAAGUUCGAUCCCACUGCAACCACAAAUCUCUCAACACCACUAGCUUCAACUAUGUCACCGACGUGGCCAAUCAGACCGUCUACGAAAUGGCUGUAAAGUUCAACAGGGGCGUAUGUGAUAUUGGUCGUGCCAAUCUGAUGGCCGACGUGUCCAUUGUUCCCAACCUUGGACAGACUAUCAACAUCCCUGGUCAAGUUUGUCAUCCCGAUUGGACUUCCUGCAUCAUUGAUGGGCCAGGAACCAAUGAUUGUGUGAGGGGUGGACCCCGUCUAUACUACACUGUGAACGGAGAUACCUUGUGGAAGAUUGCCGGACGUCUAAACAUGACCCUCGACUCCAUUCAAUCUGGAAGUCAGUACGGAGCAAAUGAGACCAUUGCUGCUGGUCAAUUUGUCAAGGUCCCUUUGUGCUAUCCUAGCACAUGCGAUAUCGAGCCUUAUACUUUCUCCAAGGGUGUCUACAAGGAUCUUGCAGACAUGUACGGCUCGACUGUGGGCCAAAUUCAAAUGUUGAGUCCGACAUACAACUACAGCGCCAGUCUCAGCGAAGGUGAAACCGGUCCUUCUAUUGAUAUUGCCAAGAACUGUCGUUUGCUGUCAUCCAACUAUACAAUCUUGUCUUAG